GAGUUUGAGCUCAAUGCCUGACACCAAAAAAGUAAACAGACUUGUUUUGAUCUGUCAGAAAUCAAGAGGUUGUCUCUUCGCAGAGGUUUUGCUUUCAUUUGGAGUAUACAAACCGAUUGAAACUGUUCUUUUUAUGACGACAAAGAAGACAUAUGUCGCUCCGUUGAUUUGUUUCAGCUUUUAGGUGUGUAAACGUUGUUUUUGUUAGCGUUGCAUUAGCUAGCAUACCAGCUGACGUUGAUAAAGUAAGUUCACAUUAGCUGACGGCUCGGUAGCUUUUUGACAGCUAGCAGGUGAAACGUGGGUGUGUGUGUAUAUCACUUAAUGUUUGAACGUUUGUCUAAUUGCUCCGUGGUUAAGACUAUGCUGUGAAUAACUUAAGAUAUAGCUGUAACAUUACACUGACUGCGCAUUGACAUUUGGAGCAGCCUUUAGUAGCCGCUUGCUGCAGAGCCUUCCCCUCCUUUGUUGUGUUUUUCUCUCUAUCAGUAAACACGAUGUGGCUUCAGUUUGUAACACAUAUGUGAAAAGAGAGACUUGGUAGUAUGCUAGCUUUAGACAGAUUAAAGUGAUGAAGCCUGAACAUCGGUAUCCUGCCAUGGCUGACGAUGGAGAGCUGAGUCUAAUGGGAGGGCGCGCCGGUUCUUCAGGCCGCCUGGGCCGACAGAUGUACAGAAGUUCAGCCCACUUCCGCAGCCUGCUGGACGGCCUGCUGGCUCUCAGACAGGGGGGCAUCCUGUUUGAUGUGGUGCUGCUGGUGGAGGGUCGACCCAUCCAAGCCCACCGUAUACUUCUGGCAGCCUCUUGCGACUACUUCAGGGGAAUGUUUGCUGGAGGUCUCCGGGAGUCACAGCAAAAGGAGAUCCCGAUUCAUGGAGUGUCUUAUAUGGCCAUGAAGAAGAUACUGGACUACAUCUACACGUCACAGAUUGAGUUGGACCUGGAGUGUGUGCAGGAGGUCCUGAUAGCUGCCACACUAGUACAGCUCGAGAUUGUCAUCGGCUUCUGCUGUGAUUUCCUUUUCUCCUGGCUGGACGAGGGCAACAUUUUGGAAGUGCAUAAUCUCGCUGAUGUCUACGGACUGCAACAGCUUAACGCCAGGGUCCAAUCCUUCAUCCUCAAGAACAUCCAGACUUUGUCUCGAAACGAAGUGUACCGAAAACUGCCCCAUGAUCAGGUCUUCAGUGCUCUGAGCAGUGACGAACUGCAGGUGAGCAGUGAGAACGAGGUGUACGAGGCAGCUCUUCACUACCACUUCAGUCCUGAGCAGGUGGAAACUGACCAGGUGUACUUGCAGGACAAUCUGAAGAUGCUCGAAGCCGUCCGUUUCUGCCUGAUUGAGAAACAAGUGUUGCAGAGGCUCUAUGGCAGACUGAGUCAGUGCCCCUUAAAGGACUAUGUGUCAGCUGCCCUGCGGUACCACGAGCAGGAGAUCUGGCAGCCCGUCCUGCAGAGUCCUCUCACACAGCCGCGCUCCACCUUCCACUGUAUUCUGGGCUUCGGAGGGAUGUUCACGUCCAACUCCCUCACAGACAAUGAGCACUUGUUUCAGGUGUACCACCCGAGCUGGAGGGAGUGGCGGACGCUCACUGCAACUCACACCCCCAGAAUGUCUAACCAGGGCAUCGCCGUGCUCAACAACUUUGUGUAUCUCAUAGGAGGAGACAAGAACACCAUCGGAUUUCGUGCAGAGACUCGCUGCUGGAGAUACGACCCUCGUCACAACAGCUGGUGCUCCAUCCAGUCCCUGCAGCAGCAGCAUGCUGAUCACUGUGUGUGCGUGCUGAGCGGACACAUUUAUGCGAUCGGAGGACGAGACUACAGCAACGAGCUGGACUCAGUGGAGCGAUACGACCCACACACCAACAAGUGGGAGUUUGUGUCUCCUCUAAAGAGAGAGGUGUAUGCCCACGCUGGAGCUGCGUCAGAGGGGAAGAUGUACAUCACUUGUGGGCGCAGAGGGGGUGCGUACCUCAGGGAGACAUACUGUUUUGAUCCUGUGGCCAAUCACUGGACAGCCUGCUCUGAGGGGCCGGUGGAGCGGGCGUGGCAUGGCAUGGCUGCUGUUAAUGGACGCAUCUAUGUGAUUGGUGGGAGCAAUGAUGAGAGUCAAUACCGGCGUGAUGUCCUAAAGGUGGCCUGUUUUGACCCUGAAGUUAACUCCUGGUCCUUGGUGACCCCCCUCCCUGCCGGACACGGAGAACCAGGCGUAGCCAUACUGGAGAGCAGAAUCUACGUCCUGGGAGGACGCUCUCAUGACAAAGGAAACAGGAUGAAAUACGUCCACGUCUACAACACUGACACAGAUGAGUGGGAGAAUGACAGCGACUUUAAGGAGCGGGUCUCUGGCCUAGCCGCCUGCGUCGUGCUGAUGCCCCAAGCUGUGAUCGCUCAGGCCAGGAGCUGGGAGCAGCGCUCCAAGGCAUCAUGGGAAGUUGUUGAUAUGGACAACUCAGAGGACUCAAGUGAGGACUGAAGUAGCCUCUUUGAACUGAAUGUUUGAGUCAUGGAGAGAUUCAUGCGUUUUCUUACACUGCAUGUUGCAUUUAGGUACCCUGGGGAUACUUUUAGUCAUUCUCGCACGUUGACCACUUUGAGUGCCUCUGAACCAAAGUGUCAUUCAGGAUGUUUGCACACUUUUGUUAUUUUUCAGAUGUCUUCUUAGAUAAUCGCACUCCUUCCAUGAAUCCCUGCCUGCUAAAAAUGCUGAAGCUAACAUUUUGAGCUGACCUCUCAUAAUGUCUCUGUUUGAUUCACCUUGGAGAGGUGAAGAAGACUACUUUCUAUGCAAUAAAAGUAAUUAUGGUAUCUUGAAGUGUUCCCUAUGUUUUUUUCUUUUCAUAACUUCUAAUACUGGGUUUGGACUUCAGAGAGUAACGGGGAGAAGUUUGAUCACUUUUUAUGGUUUAGAUCUCCAUAUUAGCAUCCUCUGAUUAUACACACUGGACAUCUCAUCACAUCCAAACUACUGAGUACUCAUAUUAAGUUUGAACAUUGUGCCUUGUUUAUGUUGCAUCCUGAACUUUAACAUGUGAUCUGUUGUUUCAGUGGAUACAGUGGAUUCAGAAAUGAGCCUUGGGUUUUGUGCCUCUGAUAUCCCUUGUUGAAAUGAUUUGUUUUGAGUACCUAAAGGAUGAGGUCUGUGAACAAUAUAUGAGCAUCACGCCUGAUGAAACCAAAACUAUACUGUCAGUUUUUGGUGUCCUUUCAUUUGACUCUUUUCUGUUUAAUUUAUUUUCAUGACUCAACCCAAAGAGCGCUGUGAAGAGCAGGUUUAGGUUUCUUUUUUAUUUCUUGGCUCCACUCUUUAGAUUGUUGCCUCAUCUUUUGGUUUAAUGUGAAAGGUUUGAUCACACACUCCUCUGUGUAUCCUUUAUUUCUGUCCUUAAAAAAAACACACAAGCCUGUAAUAAGAUGUGCUUUUCUUGACCAUAUAGGCAACUAUGAGAAAACGUAUACUGUAUUAGAACACACUGUCACGCAGAUAUGCAAAUUAGUAUCCUGUUCAAUCUUUUUGAAAUUUAAUAAAUAGUAAUAUAUAUGA